AAAUAAACAAAUGAAGUACUUUAAGAUUAUUUAUUAAGACCAAUCAAAAUAUUAAGCUCGGAUGUAGCUUUUGAUCCCAUCGGUUUAAUUUACUAGAUAGUGGACAAGUGGAGUCCAUCUGAUGAGAAAAACAAGCAUUGGAGAGCUUGGAUCAAGAAGAUGGAAAUGGAGGCUCCCGUCUUGGCAGCUCUUGCGGCAGUAAUCAUCGCUUUCAUCUUGUUGGUAUUGCCACACCUCAGAAAGCAGAGCUCAUCUCAAGACGAUCGGCGCCGCCAGCUGCCUCCGGGCUCCUUCGGCCUUCCCGUCGUCGGCCAGACGGUCGGCCUACUGCGCGCCCUCCGCGCCAACACCGGCGAGGCAUGGCUCCGGCGCUGGGCCUCCGACGCCGCGCUCACCGCCAAGAGCUCCACCUCCUUCAACAGUAUGGUCGGCAGGCGCAACAUCCGGGAGCUGGUCGGCAACGACCACCGCCGCGUGAGGGCCAUGAUGGUCCAGUUCCUCAAGCUGGACAUUGUGAGGAGCUACGUCGCCAGCAUGGACGACGAGGUCCGGCACCACCUCCGCGCCCACUGGGACGGCCGCACGACCGUCGCGGUGAUGCCGUCGAUGAAGUCGCUCACCUUCGACAUCAUGUGCACCGUCAUCUUCGGGCUCGGGAGAGCUGACCACGCCGACGUGAGGCUGGAGCUCUCGGCGGAGUUCCAGCAGCUGGUGAGGGGCAUCUGGGCGAUCCCGGUGAACCUGCCUUUCACCUCCUUCGGCAAGUGCCUCGCCGCGAGCCGGCGAGGCCGGCGAACCGUCGCGGCAAUCAUCAAGGAGAAGCGCGCCAAGCUGGAGAGCGGGCAUAGUUCGCCGUCCGACGACCUCAUGACCCACAUGCUCGCGGAGGGGCUGGCCGACGAGGAGAUCAUCGACAACGUCAUGUUCAUGAUGGUAGCGGCGCACGACACCACCGCCAGCCUCCUCACCUUCCUCCUCCGGCACCUCGAUGGCAACCGGGACGCCUACGGCAGGGUCGUGGCAGAGCAACAAGAGGUCGCCAGGAGCAAGGCUCCGGGGGAAGCUCUGUCGUGGGACGACCUCGGCAAGAUGAAGUACACAUGGUCGGCGGCGAUGGAGACCCUGCGCCUGGUACCUCCCGUGUUCUCCAUGCUCAAGAGGGCGGUCGCAGACGUGGAGUUUGACGGCCACCUCAUCCCCAAGGGAUGGCAGGUGUUGGGGGCGAUGAACCUGACGCAGCAGGACCCGGCCAUCUUCCCGGAGCCAAGCAGGUUCGAGCCGGCAAGGUUCGAGAGCCCGAUACCACCCUACAGCUUCGUGGCGUUCGGCGGCGGCGCGCGCAUGUGCCCUGGCAACGAGUUCACUAGGGUGGAGACGCUGGUGGCCAUGCACUACAUCGUCACCGGGUUCAGGUGGAAGCUCGCCGACGGCUGCGACGGCAGCUUCUCCAGGUACCCGAUGCCGACCCCGGCUCAGGGGCUCCUCAUCGACAUCGAGCCAAUAGACACAACCACCACAGGUGCAGCAGGCAUCAGCAAAUGAUUUCGAAGAAUUUAGUAACCUGAUCCGAAUGAUGCAUCCACCAUUCAGCUGUAUGAUUGCAAAUGAAAUGUACGAUUACAGAUAUACCUCCAUCCCAAAUUAGACAUUACUUGUCUGUCUAGAUACCGAGGACGGAGGGAGUACUAGUUUGCAAUUAUGCCAAGUAUUUCUCACAUUCUUGAAAGGAAAAUUAGCAACGCGCAGGACAUCAUCUACUCCAAACCAGUCAAACUUACGAAUAUGACUUUUAAGGCCCUCUACAAUGCACACAUAAUUCAAGAGACUGGUAAAAUUUACAAAUAUUAAGCUCCAAGCGGCAUAACCAGCAACGCUCCGAUGGUAAACAUGGCAAAGGCAAUCACAAAACGACUCGGAUAAACAUCAGGGAAUCCACUACGAUUUUCUCCUCUACUAGAGCAAAGCUAUCGACCAAAUUCCACCAAAAAAAGAACAAG